AUGCCCCGAGUCGUGGAGUGGAAUAAACAUGCGCGUGACGGCAUUGUUUGGGUACUCGAUGGGCCGCUCUCCUGCCCCGAAAACAUCUGUAAACCACUAGGGAAGGACAUUGACUUUUACGUUCUGGAAGCCGCCGCAUGUAAUUCUGAAAAGCUGAAAAAGAAUGGCCAACUUAUCACCGCCGUUGCAUCCAGCGAGUUGGCUGAAUUGGUAGAAGAGAACAUAAACAUUUGCGACUUAACUCUUAUUUUUAACAUUUCUACAGUCCGCGACGCGGCACAAGAAGAAUAA